UCCAGGACAGGCUGCCAAGCCGUUGCUACAGGAGCCUCUGAGUCAAGACACGCCAGUGGUGGUGUCUCAAGCAGAGGUUGCCGAGGCGGUGGAGGACAUGCGCGCACAGGGCGCGUCGGUGCUGAAGCAAGGCGCCGAGGCAGCUCACGCGGCACGGCAGAAGGCGGAGGCGAUUCGGAAGGCAGGCGCAGACAUUGCGCAUAGCUCGGCGGAGUUCUUUCAUCAUGGCACUGAGGUGGCGCGCGCCAAUUGGCAGCACGGCGCCGAGGCCUGCCAGCGGGGCCUGCACGAGGCCUCUGAAGCGUGGCGCCAGUCGGCUCCCUACCUGGACAAGGGCAUCUUGCUGACCAACGUCAUCAUGGCCAUGUGCAUUGGAGGUUUUGUGGUCAUCGGCACCAUGCUGGUGUGCACACCCUUGAAGCCCGAGCACACCCACCAUGGUGCUGUGGUGGACCGCAUGUUCUGGGUGACACAGGGCGUCUACCUCAUUGCCUUCAGCAUUCCCGCCCUAGUCGCCACAGUGCAGUGCGGAGUGCGUCGCAACGGCUUCGAGAAUUGGCCCGCGUGGAUGCGUGCCGAGAUUUGGUUGGGCAUUCUGAAAUUUCAGCUGGGUCGAGCAGUCUUUUUCAUUGGCGCAGGCUUCUACAUCUUUCCAGUGAUGGACAACUUUGGGCUGAUGGCCAAAGUGGAGACUUGGCCCAGGGUCUUGUCCUACUUUCUAGGUGUGGUCUCCUUGCUUUCGGGCACCUUUCUGCUGAUCUUUGACGUGGUCCUUUCCGUGUAUGUUCGGCAAGCGAUGUACGGAAAGGUUGAGCAGACCGAGUCGGCAUCGUGAGGGAAGACGCGAACACGUUGGGAAGGGGUCGAGCUUGACAUUUGCAUUGCAGCGAAAUCAAGG